AGAACCGUGUUUAUUUAGCCGUUAGUUAGCAUACAGCAUGCUAAUGUUGUGAUGCUAACACCCAUUCACAGCAGUGUUAGCAUGUUAGCAUGCUCAUAGCACUAGCAUCCAUCAUGCUAGGUCCCGGAGCUAGCAGCUAGCAGGCUAAUUUGUGAACAUGAAUCACGUUUUUAAACAUUUAAAUGAGACAGCGAGGAGCUGGUCGUGCUGGAGCCGCCGCUCAGCUCCAUCUGUCGCCGCUCUGACACAGCACAUCCUGCUCCGGCUCCUCCCUCCGCACCCCGGCCGCAGUUUCCAGCUUCCCCCGGAGACGCGGAGUAAAUAGUGUGUUGCCAGGUUGGACAGAAACCCUCCUUCUAACGGGGGAGCGGAGGCUCUUCUCACGCAGCCGCCGAGGCGUUUUCCUGGCGGAUCGACAGAAACGGAUCUGGUCUCCGGGAGGAGCGCAGGCAUCAGCUGGACCGGACUCUGACGAGGAAGAAGCGGCUGACGAAGAUGAGCGAAGGGCGCUUAUUGAGCGGAUUUAUCCCCCGCUGCUCGGCUGACAGCCUGUGAUUAUCCGUCAGGUGUGUCCGUCGUCGCUCCUGGAGGCCGCAGCCGGGGAUUUAUGAGCCCUGCACCGCCGCUUCCUCCUCGGAUCGACGGGCCGGCCUGACAUCAGCGGCGGUGAAUCAUCGCCUCCAUCCGGGGGGUCCGGGGAUGCUGUCGCCGUCGCUGCGCCCUUAAAACAGCGCAGCCGAGCCCGCACGCCGCCGCCCAGCCAGCCGGUCCGGGCUGCGCCUCCGCUCCGCUCCGCCAGGUCCGUCAGCUCCGGGGGCAGCAUGGAGGAAAUCCUGCGAAAGCUGCAGAAAGAAGCGUCCGGACACAAGCACAAAGGCAUCCGCGACGCCUGCGUGUUCGCCUGCGAAACCCUCGAGUCUCAGAAUGGAUCAGCCAAGAUCUCCGCUUCACAGCUCCGAGAACGCUGCCUGCUGCCUCUGCAGAUGGCUCUGGAGUCCAAGAACACCAAACUGGGACAGACUGCGCUCACCGGCAUGCAGAAGCUCCUGUGUGAGGACAGGUUUGUGGGUGGCGUCGGCGUGGAGGUGGAGGUGCUGGAGAAGCAGCUGCUCAGCCAGAUGUUGGAGGCCAUCAGAGUCACCCCGUCUCUCCAUGAAGACCUGCAGGUGGAAGUCAUGAAGGUCCUGCUGUGCAUCACCUACUCACCCAACUUCGACAUUAACGGAGACUCCAUCCUGCGGAUUGCGGAGGUGUGUAUCGGGACGUACGUGUCCAGCUGCCACCAGCGCAGCAUCAACACGGCGGUGAGGGCGACGCUGAGCCAGAUCCUGGGCGACCUGACGCUGCAGCUGCGCCACAGACAGGAGGGCGCCGAUGGAGACGAGGUUCCUGCGCCGCCGCUGCAGAGGAGAGAUAUUUCCCCCACCAGCCAGGCGCUGUGUGAAGACGUGGUGACGGUUCUGACCGUGUUCUGUGAGAAGCUGGAGUCGGUGGACAGUGACAACCAGCUGCUGCAGCUGCUCUACCUGGAGUGCAUCCUCUCCAUGCUCAGCAGCUGCCCUCCCACAAUGCACCUGUCCAGAGGCUUCACCGACCUCGUGUGGAAGCAGCUGUGUCCGUCCCUGGUGGCCAUCAUGGGAAACCCCGUCAAUGACAAAACCAUCGCCUCCCACCACGGCUACAUGUCGGCGGCGGAGCGAGAUCGACUCUCGGAGAGACUCGGUCUGGGAAUCGGCCAGGAGGUGGACCUCUCCACCGGAGGCGUGUCCGACCAGGGCCGAGGCUCCGGCUGCUCCUCCAGCGCCCCCGCCAGGAUCGCGCCGGUAGUGCGGACGGUGUGCUACAUCGCGGCGGAGCUGGUGCGCCUGGUGAGCUGCGUGGAGUCGAUGAAGCCGGUGCUGCAGUCGCUGUACCACCGGAUCCUGCUGUACCCGCCGCCUCAGCACCGCACCGAGGCCAUCCGCAUCAUGAAGGAGAUCCUGGGCAGCCCCCAGCGGCUCUACGACCUGGCCGGUCCCUGCAUGGCUGAACCUGAAACCAGGAAACGCUCCUUCUCCAAGAGGAAGUCCCACCUGGACCUGCUGAAGCUAGUGAUGGACGGGAUGACGGAGGCCUGCAUGAAGGGAGGCAUCGAGGCCUGUUACGCCUCCGUCUCCUGCGCUUGUGCUCUGCUCGGCGCUCUGGACGAGCUGUCGCAGGGCCGCGGCAUCCAGUCCGAACAGGCUCGACUCCUCCUCAGACGACUGGAGGAUCUGAAAGACGGAACCGAGUCGACCCGUGAGUCCAUGGAGAUCAACGAGGCCGACUUCCGGUGGCAGAGACACAUCCUGUCCUCGGAGCAGCCUCCCUGGGACCCCGGCUCCUCCUCCUCCUCCAACGUGGCCGCCGCCAGCGCCGCCGAGCGCAGCCCCGACAUCAGCAUCAGCAUCACCACGGAGACGGGCCAGACCACCCUGGACCUGGAGGUGGGGGAGCUCGGCAUGGGGCUGGCCCACACCACUCCGGAGGAAUGCGGCGAGGAAGCCCGCCUCCCCUCGCCCUCGUCCUGCGGCGGUCAGGAGGCGACCAAACCGGGCCUCGAAAGAGGAGGUGCAGUUCCUCCAGAUGUGGUGCAGAGGAGUCACGCCCUCGUCUACCCCGACAUCACCAACUUCCUGUCGGUGGAGUCCAGGACCCGGUCGCACCACGGAGCGGGGUCCCGCUACAGCGAGAGCAACUUCAGUAUGGAGGAGCAGGACUUGUCGCGGACAGAGUUCGACUCCUGUGACCAGUACUCGAUGGCCGCCGAGAAGGACUCGGGCCGCUCCGACGUGUCCGACAUCGGCUCUGACAACGUGUCGCUGGCCGACGAGGAGCAGCAGACGCCCCGGGACUGUCCGGGCCACCGCUCGCUGCGCACCGCCGCCCUGUCGCUCAAGCUGCUGCGCAACCAGGAGGCCGACCAGCAGAGCGCCCGGCUCUUCGUCCAGUCGCUGGCCGCCCUUCUGCCCAGGCUGCUGGGGCUGCCCGGCGCCACCGAGGUGGACCUGUCGCUGCAGAACUUCUCCUCCACAUUCUGCUCCGGACUGCAGGCGGGUGGGAUUCACUCUCCGGGCUUCGAGGCCGGCGACACUCUGAGCUGCCAGUCUCUGAUGAACGCCGACGGCCUCUACCUGGUGUCCUACUACGCUCUGCUGCUCAACCUCAAGCUCUGCUGCUGCGACUACUACCGACGGCGAGCGCUCGCGCCCGUCCUCAGCCUGGAGUUUGUGCGUCUGAUCCAGAGCAGCGGGGUCCUCGUGGUUCUGUCGCAGGCCUGGAUCGAGGAGCUUUACCACCAGGUGCUGGAGCGCAACCUGCUGGGCGAGGCCGGGUACUGGGGCUCCCCGGAGGACCACACGCUGCCGCUCAUCACCAUGCUCACAGAUAUCGACGGUCUGGGCAGCAGUGCGAUCGGAGGUCAGCUGAUCAGGAGAGCGACCAGCCAAUCGCCUCUCAGCUGUGACAAGGCCAGCAGCGACACAGCGAUGGCAGGAGCCGUGUUCUCGCGCUUCAUCCUCACCGGUGUCUGGAAGAACCUGAUCGAUGUUCUGUCCACGCCGCUGACGGGCCGCAUGGCGGGCAGCUCCAAGGGCCUGGCCUUCAUCCUGGGAGCAGAGGGGGUCAAAGAGCAGAGCCAGCGGGAGAGAGACACCAUCUGUCUGAGCUUGGACGGCCUCCGUAAAGCUGCGGCGCUCAGCUGCGCUCUGGGUGUUGCUGCCAACUGUGCGUCAGCUUUAGCCCAGAUGGCUGCAGCCUCCUGUGUGCAGGAGGAGAAGGAGGAGAAGGAGCUUGGAGACACCGGAGACACUAUUACACAAGUGAAGCAGCGUGUUGAGCAGCGUCUGGAGCAGAUCGGCCGUCCUCAGGGAGUUCGUCUCCACACAGCUCACGUGUUGUGUAUGGACGCCAUCCUGAACGUCGGGCUGGAGAUGGGCAGCCACAACCACGACUGCUGGCCGCACGUCUUCAGGGUGACCGAGUACAUCAGCUCUCUGGAGCACACACACUUCAGCGACGGCUCCUCGCAGCCGUCCUCCCUGACCACCAUCACCCAGCAGAGCCAGCAGUCGGCCGGCAUCGACCUGGGGCUGGAGCUGAGCUGCGAGCCCAGCCCCGAGGCGCCCAGCCCCGAGGCGGCCGAGCUGAGCCUGAGCCAGCCGGUCAUCCAGCCGCUGUCCAUCCAGGAGCUGCUGAGGGAGCGCAGCCGAGGAGGCCGAGGCCUGGACCUGAAGAGCGGCAGCCUGAUGACGGGAAACAACGCUGCCAAGGCUGUGUGCACGCUGUCCACACAAGCCGACAGGCUGUUUGAAGAAGCAGCUACGAAGCUCAACCUGGUCGGUCUGGUCGGUUUCCUGCAGCAGCUGAGAAAAGCUUCUCAGUCGCAGCUGUUCGACUCCGUUACUGAGACCGGAGACUAUUCACUGGCAAUGCCGGGAGAGGCCAAGUCCACGUCGGACCGCCGCAGCGCCCUCCAUCUCUUCCGGCUCGGCGAGGCCAUGCUACGAAUCGUCAGGAACAAGAGCCGCCCUCUGCUGCACAUGAUGAGGGCCUGGAGCGUGGUGGCGCCACACCUGGUGGAGGCUGCGUGUCACAAAGAGCGCCACGUGUCCCAGAAGGCCGUUUCCUUCAUCCACGACGUCCUGACGGAGGUGCUGACGAGCUGGGCGGAGCUUCCACACUUCCACUUCAACGAGGCGCUCUUCAGGCCGUUCGAGCACAUCAUGCAGCUGGAGCUGUGCGACGAGGACGUGCAGGACCAGGUGAUCACGUCCAUCGGAGAGCUGGUGGAGAUGUGCUCUCCUCAGAUCCUGUCUGGGUGGAGGCCUCUGUUCAGCGCUCUGAGGACCGUCCACGGCAGCAAAACCGACACCAAGGACUACCUGCUGGGAGAAUACUCCAUGGGGAAGUCCCAGGCGCCGGUGUUCGACGUCUUCGAGGCUUUCAUCAACACCGACAACAUCCAGGUUUUCGCCAACGCUGCCACCGACUACAUCAUGUGCCUCAUGAAGUUCGUCAAAGGCUUGGGAGAGGUGGACUAUAAAGAGAUCGGGGACUGUGUCCAUGUUUCAGGUUACAGCUCCACCGACCUCUGCCUGCCUGCCCUCGACUACCUCCGCAAGUGUUCGCAGCUGCUCGCAAAGAUCUACAAGAUGCCGUCCAAGCCGGUGUUCCUGGGAGCGCGGCUCGCCAGCCUGCCGAUGCGAUCGCAGGAACGCUCCAUCAGCAGCGAGGACGGGAUGGACUGCGUCCUGCAGGAGUUCGACGAUGACACAGGUUUGAUCCAGGUGUGGAUUCUGUUGCUGGAGCAGCUCACGGCGGCGGUUUCAAACUGCCCUCGACAGCAUCAGCCUCCGACCCUGGAGCUGCUCUUCACGCUGCUCAGAGAGGUCACCACGGUACCAGGUCCGGGCUUCGCCAUCUUCUCCGUCAUCCAGCUGCUGCUUCCCGUCAUGUCGCUGUGGCUGCAGCGUAGCCAUGGCGACCACUCCUACUGGGAUGUGGCGGCGGCGAACUUCAAGCACGCCAUCGGCCUGUCGUGUGAGCUGGUGGUGGAGCACGUCAACAGCUUCAUACACUCCGACAUCGGUUACGAGUCGCUGAUCAACCUGAUGCUGAAGGAUCUGUUCAAGCUGCUGGUGGCCUGCGUGUCCGAGCCGGCAGAGACCAUCUCCAGAGUGGGCUGCUCCUGCAUCAGGUAUGUGCUGGUCACAGUGGGUCCAGUGUUCACGGAGGAGAUGUGGAGGUUGGCCUGCUGCGCUCUGCAGGAUGCCUUCUCUGCCACCUUGGAGCCCGUCAAGAACCUGCUGGCGUGUUUCCAUAGCGGCUCGGACAGUUUUUCCGGAGACGCCUGUGAGGUGAAGGUGGCGGCUCCGUCUCACUCUCCUUCAGCCGAGGCCGAGUACUGGAGGAUCAAAGCUAUGGCUCAGCAGGUCUUCAUGUUGGACACCCAGUGCUCCCCAAAGACUCCCAACAACAAGGACGGCUUUGAGCACGCUCAGUCCUGCGUUCUCAUCAUCGAGCUGCCGUCCGACCAGCAGUCCAACGGACACGCUCAGAAGAGGAUCCCGUUCCGGACCAUCGUGGUGAGCCUUCUGUCCCACCAGGUUCUGCUCCAGAACCUCUAUGACAUCCUACUGGAGGAGUUCGUCAAGCAGCCCGACGGCAACGAGAGAGUCACGCCUGUUACCUCCGACCCCAGCAAACCCACAGCCGGCUUCCUGCGCUACAUCUCCAUGACCAACUUGGCCAUAAUCCUGGACCUGCUGCUGGACUCGUACAGGACAGCGCGGGACUUUGACACCCGGCCGGGUCUGAAGUACCUGCUGAUGAAGGUGUCGGGCGUCUGUGGAGCAGCGAAUCUGUACCGUCAGUCUGCCAUGAGCUUCAACCUGUACUUCCAGGCCCUGCUGUGUGCCACGCUGAGCCAGGCCGACAGCAUGACGGCGCAGCAGGUGAAGAGGAUCCUGUAUGAGGAAGAGGAGGGCAGCUCCGACUCCUCUCAUCCCGGCUCUGCUUCCUCCGAGGACGAAGACAUCUUUGAAGAAACAGCGCAGGUGAGCCCUCCUCGCGGCCGGGACAAGCGCCACCCGUGGCGAGCUCCGGUGCCGUCGCUGAGCGUGCAGCCGCUGGGCAGCGCCGACUGGGCCUGGCUGGUCAAACGCCUCUACAAGCUGUGCAUGGAUCUGUGCAACAGCUACAUCCAGAUGCACCGCGACCUGGAGAGCACGCUGGAGGAGACGGCGCUGCUCAGGGGCAGCAUCGGAGGAGGAGGAGAUCACGUGUUCUUCCUGCCCCUCUUCCAGUCCGAGACGUCCACGCCGACGUCGGCGGGCGGGCUCUCGGCGCGGGGCACGCCGUCGGAGGAGGGCUCGUACCGGUGUCAGACGGCGGACAGGAGGGACUCCAGCAUCGCGGGAACCUCGGUGGGAGGAACUCCUGGCAGCGCCGGGCCGGGAAGGAGGAAGGAGUGGUGGGAAAGCGCCGGGAACAAACUGUACACCAUCGCCACGGACAAAACCAUCAGCAAGCUGAUGAUGGAGUACAAACGGCGGAAACAGCAGCAGCAGCAGCCGCAGCAGAGCCACGUCAACCUGUUCAUGAAGGAGCAGGGCCGGGCGGCGGCGGCCGGCGGCGGGGACAGGAGGGGCCCGGUGGAGCCUCAGAGGCCCCCCCAGAGGCCCCAGCAGCUGGUGGAUCAGCAGGGACCCCCGCUGAGGCACUCGGUCAGCGCAGGACCGGAGGUGCUGAGGCAGGAGAAAAGACCACGAUCUGGAUCCACCAUCAGCUCCCACAGCAUCUCACUGAGGGACUCUGAGGCUCAGAUUCAGGCGUGGACCAACAUGGUCCUGACUCUCCUCAACCAGGUCCUCCUCCUGUCGGACGCCUCCUUCCUGGCGCUGCAGCCGGCGCUCUACCCCUGCCUCAGCCAGCUGUCCUGCCACGUGACCGACGCCCGGGUCCGCCAGGCGCUGCGGGAGUGGCUGGGCCGGGUCGGCAGACUCUAUGACAUCAUCGUGUGAGGCUGUGUGCAGCCCGUGGGUCAGCGAAGGAGCUCAGCGUGUGAAGUCAGAACCAGAUUGUUUGGUGGCAUCUUGUGACGGAGCCUGGAGGCUGAUGAACCGUUUGAUGACUGGUGGGUUGUGAUCGCCUUCAGUGUCAUCAUAUUGGGUCGGUGGCACUUUUGAAGAAGUUACUGUGGAGGAUUUGUUGGCCGAUGAAGGAAACGAAGACUUCUUUAUAAAAUGCAAAUGAUUUAUAGUAAAUGUGCCAUUUCUGCUCCUGUUCCUUAGUUGAAAUUGUUUAUUUCUGGACCCCAGAAACGACACACGCAGCGUUUGAUACGAUUUGUUUGCCGCCAGCGUGGAUAAACUGAUUUGCAGAGUCGCUCAUGAUUUGGCUCCGUGUUGUCUGUCGCUGAGGUGAUGAGUGAUCGUGACCUCGUCCUGAUGUGGAUGCAAACACAGAUGUGCACACGUGCAGUGACUUACAGGUGUUGUUGUUCACCUGCUUCAGUGUGUUGCCAUGUUUUGUUUUUUUUGUGGAACCCUGUGAAGCAGCCAUAUUUACAUCCAAAGCAUCGCCACCUUUCAGUGCAAUGGAAUUCCAUUUUUCUCGCUCUUUAUUUUACGUUUAACAUCUUGCUAGCACCACUUCCUCCUGUUCUCUGCAGUGAGGGGCAUCGUUUGUGUUUGUGUGCAUUUAUUCAUGUGCUUGUAGAGCUUUAAACAAAACAGAGACCUUAAAGUGUUUCUCCGUCGCACCACAAAGGCUCCACAGGGUGCCUUUAACCCUCUGGAUCUGAAGCUGUUUCUGCUCCUGUCACUUGUUUAACUCACUGUGGGUUCAUUGUUCACUGCAGCAUAAAGUCCUGCACCUCUAUGGAAACAGAACAACCACGACUAGGAGGAGAGAGAAAUCUGAAAUCUAUGUUUGUACAGUUUGACACAGUUAUGAUGCCGUAAAUCAUAAAAACGACAAUCGAAAGUAGAAUUUUCUUUGAUUAGUUAUUCGAGAAAAAUCAAAAACAACAUUCUAAAAUCAACAUGAACUCACAGGUGUUACUGGAGACAGAAGGAUGAUUCUGCAUACGUUGUACUACUUACAUUUAUUUAUUUUUUCAUACUUGUGUCGUCUCUGCUCGACACAAUCUGCACUCAAGUGUUUUGAAUUGUUGUCACGUGACUGUUGGUUGCAGCAGAGUCACUAACAGGUUCACAGCUGCACUAAAGAGUGCAGAGUUUGUAGUUUUUACAGAAUCUAACUCCUGCAACAGGUUUAUUUUUUGGCAAAUUUCUAAUCAGACAUGUAGAAGAAAGUGAGCACACCACAGAUGAGUAGUUCAAGGACCAUCAGAACAGUAAAAAUCCAACAACUUGAUCUUGUUGCGGCUUCAAGCUCUGAUAGAUGGUUUAAUUUGUCUUUCCACUACGGUGAUGGGUUUUGAGGUUCAGAGGGUUAAAGGAAGUUGUCUUUUAUUUGCUGCCACAUAUUUCCAUCUAUGUUUUGGCCAUUUUUCUGCCAUGUGUUAUAAGAACGACGGUGAAUGAAAUUUAGAGGAGAACAUACCGACAAUCUCUGACUAACAACGAGUCCUGGAGGAAUGUGAGUUAAAACCACAGAGACAAAACCAAAAGCAAACCACCAGAAUCUCUGACGCGUCUGAAAGGUGCAGAUGUAAACCUAAACCAUUCAUUUUAUUCUUUUAUGUCUUCACAGUCACAUCAUAUCCACAGGAGACGUGUCUUGCAUUUAAUCCGAUUGUAUACGAAUGUGGAUCCUCCGACUUCCUCACCUGCUACUGAAUGUCUUUAAUUAUUGGCUCCUGUUGAAACCUUCUGCAACAAUCAAGUAUUUAUUUAAACCAAAUACGACAUACAGUUUGUGUGAUUUUGAUGUUUAAUGCCUGCGACGUGUUAUUUUUCCUACUUCUGUACGUAUGCACAUGUAUUUAUGUAAAUGCUUUAUUAUUUUAAAAUAUUUAAUGUGUCA